CGCCCCCGGCCCCGGCCCCCCCAGCCCGGCCCCUUCAGCCCGCCCUCCCACCCAUCCCCUCAUCCCCGGCCUCCCCCGUGCCCUUUCUAGGCCCCCUCCCCCCGGCGGGGGGUGGGGAGCAGAGAGGGCCCCGCCCCUCGCGCCCCCUCCUCAGGGCCAGCGCAGGAUGCCCCCGGCCCCUGGCAGCCCCCCGGGAGGUCCUGAGCUCGACGCGCCCCCUCUACGCCAUGUCCCCCCCUGGCUCGGCCGCGGGAGAGAGCGCCGGCGGCGGCGGCGGCGGUGGCGGCUCCGGGGUCCCGGAGGAGCCCAUGGCAGCGGCGGCGGACGAGGGCCCCGCCCGAGAGGAGCAACGUCCUAUCCAACCCUCUUUCACCAAAUCUCUCUGCCGCGAGUCUCACUGGAAGUGCCUCCUGCUCUCUCUGCUCAUGUACGGCUGCCUGGGGGCAGUGGCCUGGUGCCACGUCACCACGGUGACCCGCCUCACCUUCAGCAGCGCCUACCAGGGCAAUAGCCUCAUGUACCACGACAGCCCCUGCUCCAACGGCUACGUCUACAUCCCCCUGGCCUUCCUGCUCAUGCUGUACGCGGUCUACCUGGUCGAGUGUUGGCACUGCCAAGCCCGCCAUGAGCUGCAGCAUCGUGUGGACGUGACCAGUGUCCAGGAGCGCGUGGGCCGCAUGCAGCAGGCCACACCCUGCAUCUGGUGGAAGGCCAUCAGUUAUCACUAUGUCCGACGGACUCGACAGGUCACCCGAUACCGCAAUGGAGAUGCCUAUACUACCACCCAGGUCUACCACGAGCGGGUCAACACACACGUGGCGGAGGCCGAGUUCGACUACGCGCGCUGUGGCGUCCGGGAUGUGUCCAAGACGCUGGUGGGGUUGGAGGGCGCGCCGGCCACGCGGCUGCGCUUCACCAAGUGCUUCAGCUUCGCCAGCGUGGAGGCCGAGAACGCGUACCUGUGCCAGCGCGCGCGCUUCUUCGCCGAGAACGAGGGCUUGGAUGACUACAUGGAAGCGCGAGAGGGCAUGCAUCUCAAGAACGUGGACUUUCGCGAGUUCAUGGUGGCUUUCCCGGACCCGGCUCGGCCGCCCUGGUACGCUUGCUCGUCGGCCUUCUGGGCGGCAGCCCUGCUCACACUGUCGUGGCCGCUGCGCGUGCUGGCCGAGUACCGCACGGCAUAUGCGCACUACCACGUGGAGAAGCUCUUCGGUCUGGAGGGACCCGGCUCGGCCAGCAGCGCGGGCGGGGGCCUGAGUCCCAGCGACGAGCUGCUGCCCCCGCUCACGCAUCGCCUGCCACGGGUCAACACGGUGGACAGCACCGAACUCGAGUGGCACAUCCGUUCCAAUCAGCAGCUGGUACCCAGCUACUCGGAGGUGUUGCUCAUGGACCUGGUCGAGCUGCGCUCGGGCUGCGGCAGGCCAGGGGGUGGUGGCUUCGUGCCCAGAUGUUGCUACGGAGGGGUUGGUGGCCGGGGCGCGGCGGGCGUGACCCCGCACUGGGGGAGCUGCGAGCACUGUCAGCGAGCGGUCAGCAGUUCGUCCAUCUUCUCGCGCAGCGCGCUGAGUAUCUGUGCCAGUCCGCGGGCCGCCCAGGGUCCUGGAGCGAGUGCGGGGUGCGGGGGCAGCCGCUUCUCGCUCAGCCGCCUCUAUGGCUCCCGGCGCAGCUGCCUGUGGCGCAGCCGGAGCGGGAGUGUCAACGACGCGAGCUGCCCCACGGAGCAGACGCGUCUGUCGAGUCAGGCCAGCAUGAGGGACAACGAAGAUGACGAUGACGAGGAGGAGGCCGGGCCACCGCCGCCCUACCACGACGCCCUCUGCUUCCCUGUCCUCAUCGUCCAUCGGCAGGAGGGGUGUCUGGGUCACAGCCACCGGUCACUGCACCGCCAUGGCUCCUGCGUGGAGACCUCACUGUGACCUCUCGCCUUUGGAGGGAGCCUCCGCCGUUCUCCCUCCUGCCUCUCCUUGUGUUGUGCUCUCUGUGUGUAGCCGGGGAAGGCAGGAUGGUGGUGGCUAAGACCAGGCAGGGUGUGAGGGAAGGCAGGAGGUGAGGGGCACACUCAGACAAGACCUCAGUGAUCUGAGACUGCUUCCCUGCACGCAGACAGAGGCUGGGAGAUUGGCAGCUCUCUUAGAAUCCCAUCCACCGAGGCAGAGGUGGUUCUCUUCCAGUCCCCACCGAGGUCCUGCGGGGACACCUCCUUUCCCAUGCACACUCGAGAUUUCCGUCCCAGGCUUUCCUCGAGUCUUGACUGUUAGUACGUUAUGGGACCCGUUUCUAGCCUCCCCACCAAAGGAGCCAUCAUGGUGGGCAACAGGAAAGGCAAGGCAUUUGGGGCUUUUUAUUUAUUUAUUUUUUUGCCCCGACCCCCUGUGGAGAGAGGCAGCGGUUUGGUGAAGAGCAGCAGAGUUGGUUUCCAACCAGCUACUGAGUUCACCGGGUCUGAGGGUGGGGGCAGGGAGCAACCCAGUAUUUCUCUCCACACCUAGAAAGAGUUCUGGCCUCUAUGCGCUGCUGCCCGCUAGGAAAGCUGGGCGGUCCCUCUCCGCCACACCUAUCACUGUUGUUUGUUUCACUGAGCCCCAGAGGCCUAGUCCUCAAGGGACUUUUCAUCACACCGAUGACGUCACUCACCUCGGGGCUCACUGGCUCUGAAGAGCUGUUUGUUACCAGUACAGGGCAAGGGAAAGAAAGCUGAGAGGGCAUGCCAGGCCCUUUCUGAAAAAAAAAAAAAAAAAACAAAAACAAAAAAAAACAACUCAGCCUCCCAUCUGCUUCCUCCCCUGGGGUCUGGGUGGGUGCUUCCUUAAAGGCUAAGGUGCCAUCCUGGACCUGCCAGGGCGAGUGACAAAGUGGACAGAGCUUGAGACACAUCUUGAUGUCGAGAGACCUCAGGAGCAGUGUUACUAAGAGUGGGUAGACGGAAACUAGCUCUGAAGGCGUGGCACCGGUUGUACAGUAGCUUUUCCUCCGUAGAGCCGAGUCCAUCCCAAGCCCUAGCUAGAGAGAUACUUAUUUCCAGUGGCAGGAGUUCCAUUCUUGCCAGACCCUCCACUUCCUACCCUGCAAGCUGAAGCUCUAGGUCUUCGGUGCCACAGCCCCAGGGCACUGGCCCUUUGUCCUGUCCCUUCAAAGCUCUGACACCAGCUUGCUCUCCCACUCCCACUAUCCCACUAUCCUUUACCCCUCCCCCAGCGCCCCCCCCCCUCGUGUGCUUCUUUGUGCAUGUCUGUGUUUGGCCCCUUGCUCCCCAGCUGCCCUGGCUGAUGUUUUCCCAGCAGACUUAGCGCCCAGGGGCUGGGCUCACACCCAUCCAAUCUUGCUCCCUCUGCUUCUUGCUUUACCUUCAUCACCAGAACUCCAUCUUUUUGGCUUCCCCUCUUCCUCCUGGCUGUGCCAGUCCUAUGCCAAGCAAUAGGAGUGGCCCCUACCUAUGCAAACCCUCCUCUGGCUCCCUUCCCCCCAGGGGGGGGGAUGUGGGAAGCCUUGCUGUGGGGAUGCCACGGGUUUAGGGCUCAAAUGGGGGUUGAACUUUCUGGUUAUACGGAGUUGGUUGGGUGAGGAGGCAGGGGUGUCAGAGGACAGGUUUAGGCAGAAGGGAUGAGCACAGCUGCCCACUGGGUUUCCUGGGCAACGGUGUCCACUCAGUGACCAGCCAGCACUGAAUCCCCCAGGACCAUGUGAGCUCCAGGUGUGGGUGUGUGUUGACUAUUGGAGCACACACAGGUGGGUACACACAGGUGGUGAGCGAGCUGUGGCCUCAGGCCCCAGUUCUUGGCCAGCUGGCACCUGAACAUCUUGUUCUCAUUUAGGGGCAGCUUGGCCAUCUCACAGCUCCAGGAGGGAAGGACUUGGCUCUUUCUCCUUCAUUCUGGGUCCAGAAACCAAGCUUGGCCUUGGGAGGGGAGGAGGGGAAGCCCUGUUAUUAUUUCUGCCUGACCAUUUCUGCCUAGGUCUCCUCGCACAGACAGCCUCACCUCCCACACACACAAGCAUACACACGCACAGACUUAGAGAGAAAGCAAUUCUUUGGUCUCUUUUCUUGGUAGCUUUAUUGAUUGCCAGGGAAAAUGAAAACCAGAAAAUUAAUUAAUCUCUAAAAUUAAACUUUACACUGAAUGUUCUUGUUUCUCUAAUUAGAACCUCUGCUAGCAGCUGUGGCUACACACACACACACACACAUACACACACACACAGAUACAGACACACAUGUUUGCACAGUCUGGAACUGUCAGAAGGUGUCAGGUGUCAGGUGUCAGGCACAGAGGACUCUAGGAUGCCCGGACAGGCACACACGUAGUCGCCCCCAAGCCCCCUCUGGUGCUCUGUUCAGCGCCUGCUUGUUGCAAAGAGUCCCUGGAGGGCAGGCUUUCCUGGGUUGCAGCUGCAGUCACCCAUCUUUGAGAUAGAUGGGCUCUGGACCACUCAGCUCAAAGAGAGUUGGGAGAUUAGAGUUUGAAUUAGCCAGUCAGAUCCUCCUGUGAAUCCAUAAUCUGUGAUUCCUAUGGGCGGAGCCCCAGGAUGGGCAGUCACAGUGUGGAAGGGACUCGAGAGGGUAACCGGGAGACUGUAUGUCCUGAGGAUAAGGGCUUGUGGGGUGGGCUAGGCCUGGCUCGGGAAAAGGCAGGUCUCUGUCAAAUUGGGUGCAUCACACUGUGGCCUUUUUGUCAUGGAAUUCCAAGCGCAAAGAUUGUACAAAUCACACUGAUGGAUAAUAAAAGUGUGGAUGACUCA